UGAGCAGGCAGGGGGGAGGUGGUGUUGGUGGUGAACGCUGCGAGUCGGUUUUCUCCCUCCUCCCCUCUUCCCCUCACCCACCUGCUCACCCUCCUUCCUUCCUUCCCUCCCUUCCCCCCACACCUCGUCCUCCCGGUGGCUGAGGCGGAGCGGGGCAGGGGGGCCACUCCCUGCUCCGGGUGGCGGCGCACCAUGAGCGCUGGCGGGGGGCGGGUGUGCGACCUUUCCCGCAGGAACCCCCAGGAGGACUUCGAGCUCAUCCAGCGCAUCGGCAGCGGCACCUACGGCGACGUCUACAAGGCUCGGAAUGUUAACACAAGUGAACUGGCAGCAAUUAAAGUAAUAAAAUUAGAACCAGGUGAAGAUUUUGCUGUUGUGCAGCAGGAAAUCAUUAUGAUGAAAGACUGUAAGCAUCCCAACAUUGUUGCUUAUUUUGGCAGCUAUCUCAGACGUGACAAACUGUGGAUCUGCAUGGAGUUCUGUGGUGGUGGUUCCUUGCAGGAUAUUUACCAUGUUACUGGACCUCUCUCAGAACAGCAGAUAGCAUACGUUAGCAGAGAAACACUACAGGGAUUAUAUUAUCUUCACAGUAAAGGAAAAAUGCACAGAGACAUAAAGGGAGCAAAUAUUCUUCUCACUGAUAAUGGUCAUGUGAAAUUAGCUGAUUUUGGAGUAGCAGCACAAAUAACAGCAACAAUUGCCAAAAGGAAAUCAUUCAUUGGGACACCAUAUUGGAUGGCCCCUGAAGUUGCUGCAGUUGAACGGAAAGGUGGAUACAAUCAGCUUUGUGAUCUAUGGGCUGUUGGAAUAACUGCUAUAGAACUAGCAGAGCUUCAGCCUCCAAUGUUUGAUUUGCAUCCAAUGAGAGCACUCUUUUUAAUGACAAAAAGCAACUUUCAACCUCCCAAGCUAAAAGACAAAAUGAAAUGGUCAAAUAGUUUCCAUCACUUUGUGAAAAUGGCACUCACAAAGAAUCCUAAAAAAAGACCAACAGCUGAAAAACUAUUACAGCAUCCUUUUGUUAUCCAGCCCUUAAAUCGAACCCUUGCUAUUGAGCUUUUGGAUAAAAUGAAUAAUCCUGAUCAUUCCACCUACCAUGAUUUUGAUGAUGAUGAUCCUGAGCCUCUUCUUGUGCCUCAUAGAAUUCACUCAACAAGCAGGAAUGUCAGAGAAGAAAAAACACGUUCUGAAAUAAACUUUGGCCAAGUAAAAUUUGAUCCACCUUUGAAAAAAGAGACAGAGCCUCAUCAUGAGUUCCCCGACAGUAACGAUUUUUUGGACAGUUCAGAAGAAAUAUACUACACUGCAAGACCUAAUCUGGAUUUGCAGCUAGAGUAUGGUCAGAGUCCCCAAGGCAGUUACUUCUUGGGUGCAAAUAAGAGCCUUCUAAAAUCAGUUGAAGAAGAACUGCAUCAGCGGGGACAUGUUGCACAUCUGGAUGAUGAUGAAGAAGUGGACAGUGAUGAGUCUAAACACUCAACUAUGAAGGCAAAAGUGCCACCUCCUUUACCACCAAAGCCUAAAUCCGUCUACAUACCACAGGACUUGCAUUCUUCUGAGGAUGAUAAUCAAGGAACCAUAAAAAGAUGUCCUGUGUCAGAGAGCCCUGCCAAAUCAAGUACUCAGGUCCCACCUAGACCACCUCCUCCUCGGUUACCUCCGCAGAAGUCUAGCGCUUUAGGUAAUGGAAUGAAUUCUGUACAACUAAAUGGAGACAGAGAGGGAUCUCCUCAUCAAGAGCCAAAUGAGAACAGACACACGAAUCUGUCUAGGAAAGAUAAGAAGGAAAUACUGAAACCAAUUAGUAAUGGUCUUCCUCCCACACCAAAAGUGCAUAUGGGCGCUUGCUUUUCAAAGGUUUUCAAUGGAUGCCCUUUAAAAAUUCAUUGUGCAACCUCAUGGAUAAAUCCUGAUACAAGAGACCAGUACUUGAUAUUUGGUGCUGAGGAGGGUAUUUACACAUUAAACCUUAAUGAGCUCCAUGAAACAUCAAUGGAACAGCUAUUUCCCCGACGAUGCACAUGGCUCUAUGUAAUGAACAACUGUUUAUUAUCAAUAUCUGGUAAAGCUUCUCAACUUUAUUCCCAUAAUUUGCCUGGAUUGUUUGAUUAUGCAAGGCAAAUGCAAAAGCUACCAGUAGCUAUCCCAGCACACAAACUUCCUGACAGAAUACUUCCCAGGAAAUUUGCAGUUUCUGCAAAGAUCCCAGACACUAAAUGGUGUCAGAAGUGUUGCGUAGUGAGAAAUCCUUACUCAGGCCACAAAUAUCUUUGUGGGGCACUACAGUCGAGUAUUAUCCUUUUAGAGUGGGUUGAACCAAUGCAGAAAUUCAUGUUAAUUAAGCACAUAGACUUUCCUGUACCUUGUCCAUUGAGGUUGUUUGAAAUGCUGGUCGUACCUGAACAGGAAUUUCCUUUAGUUUGCGUUGGUGUAACUAAAGGGAGAGACUUCAAUCAGGUGGUGAAAUUUGAAACUGUCAACCCAAAUUCUACCUCUUCAUGGUUUACAGAAACAGAUACUACACAGACAAAUGUUGUUCAUGUAACACAGUUGGAGAGAGAUACCAUUUUAGUCUGCUUGGAUUGCUGUAUAAAAAUAGUCAAUUUACAAGGUAGAUUAAAAUCUAGCCGAAAACUAUCUUCAGAACUCACAUUUGAUUUCCAUAUUGAAUCAAUAGUUUGCUUGCAAGAUAGUGUUUUGGCUUUCUGGAAGCAUGGGAUGCAAGGCAGGAGUUUUCGGUCAAAUGAGAUCACACAGGAAAUUUCUGACAAUACAAGGAUAUUCAGACUCCUUGGAUCUGACAGAGUUGUGGUACUGGAGAGUAGGCCAACAGAUAACCCAACCGCCAACAGUAAUUUAUACAUUUUAGCAGGACAUGAAAACAGUUACUAAGAGGUAACAUGCAUGGGAAUUUAAUCUUGAAAGAAAACACUACUGCUUCAACACUUACAGAUGACAACACUUUAUGGCUGAAAUUGCACAAAAACUGCAGUACCCCAACUUCAGUUGCUUGGUAAUUUAUUGUGGUGUACAAGAGAGCAAGUGAGAGGAAGAACAUUUGCCUGAAUGAUAUGGACAUGCUUAGCACAUUUAUACCACGAAAGUGCUUGAUUCACCAUUUAUGUAAUCUUUGUACAUAUAUGCAUUUUUUUCAGUGAAUUGUAUUCUGAAGGCCUCCCUUGAUUUUAUGUAGAUAGUGGUCAAGUCCUACCUGUACAGAUGUAUAAAGAUCACUGAGGAUAUUUGGGGUACUAUUUUAAGGACUAUUCUAAAAUUGGAUGCUAGCGAUAAAGACAGUGCAUUUAACACUAUUGUUAUUUUAUUAUGUAAUUUACUAAUAUGAAUAAAUCAUACCUUUUAGACAUUGUAACCAAGGCUGUAAUCCUAUUACAAUCUUGUUUUUAAUUUUAUGCAAGUACACUGGUGUUUUGGUUACACAAAGUAUUCAUGUGUGAUGUAUUUAGUCACGAAAGUAAGCUGUGACUUUGUGGAUAUGAUUUGGGUGUUAUAAUUUUAGUUUAUUUGAUAUUUUUCUUUGUGAAACCAGCCAAUUGAACACCUGUAUUUUUAUAUUUAAGGAAAAUUCUCUUAAUUAUUUUCUGUGCUUGGAAAAAUACAUAUUUUGGAAUGGGAAUAAAUCCCAAAUAGUGGUACCUUGGCAUAAUUAUAAAUAUAUAAAAUUAUACUGUAAGCAUUAUUCCAAGUUUGUUAUAACCAGUGCCACUCAUAUCAUGCAAAAGAAAAGGAAUGCUUUAUUUCACAUGAAGUAGUUGGAAUAUUUCGGACUGGAUCAGGAAAAUGACAUGUAAAAGGCUGCUACACAUGCUUAGUGCUCUGUGCAGUACUUUAGUGAUAUGCAUUAACACUUGGAUUAAGAUGAAGGGAUGCAUCUUCUUAAGAUAUGGGUAACGGACUUGGCAGGGCAGGUUGAAUACUAUUUAUAAAGAAUUGCUGUUGUAACUUUUGGAUCUGCAGAGAUCCUCCACCAGUUCUCAUAGGAUUACUAUGCACUGUGGGAUUCUAUACAUGAUUCACAUGUGCAGAGAGCAGAGUAGUCCAUCUACUCUGGUUUUCUUUCUGUGGUGGGAUCUCAGAGACCUGAAUUUUUCAAGCUGCAUUCCAGGGAACCUUGGAGUUCCUCCAAGGCUUAGCAGAGGGCUUCCCAAUGAGAAUAUCAAUAGUAACAGAAAGAGUUCCUGAGAGAUCAUGUGCUUAGCCCUACUAGUUUUUCCUUGCCACGAGCAGACAGAAGGAAUUUAGGAUAGGUUUUUAGUUCAUGCAGGGUAAUACUAAGGCCCAACAAAGAAGGCCUACAGCCCCUGGGGACUGAGCAUGCACCUUAUGCAAUAGCUAAGAAUCCUUGGUAACAUGCAGGAAAUCCUUUAGCAGACAAGUUAUUUCUCUGAAGGUAGGAAACCCACUGCUACACAGGGAUGCAUAUAGAAUGCACAUAGGGCUUUGUUCUGCAUAUAGAAAAGAGUUGCUGGAUGGAAUAAUUGUCUCAAUUCAACCUGUUUAGGGGAUUUUUCUUUUCUUUAAUUCAGCCUUACUCUGUUUUCACUUUCUUCCUUUUAAUGUCUUAACACCUGGCCAAAAUAAUUUAGUUACUACCUCACACAAGUGAAUUAAAUGGUUAUUAAACAUCACAGGAAUUUUAGUUUUGAGUAAAACUAUUUUUGAUUGUUUUCCAGUGCAGUAUGAUGUAAAUGACGAGUUUUAGAAUAAUGCACAUACUGGCUUUUUUGUAUAUGUUCUUUAUACUGUGAUAUAAACUAUGAACAAACUGCAUUAAGGUGAUUUAUGGUCUGUAUUGAUGUUGUUGGUAAUGCUUUUGAUUAUUUCCUAAUGUAUAUAAUGUAAAAUAAACUUUUUUAACAUGUUUGUUGUACAUGUGGAUACCAUCUGCACUCAUUUUCUGAAUAAAUUAAACUUCUGCUGAUUUGGGAAA